AUGGGGCGUCUGCAGACAUUCGUUGUGACAUUGAGGCGAGAGACCCGGGAGACGAACUGGGGUCUUCGACUCGUGGGUGGCUCUGAUCUGGCAACACCACUCAUCGUUACUCGGGUGACUCCUGGCACACCAGCUGGCCGCGAUUUAACAAGAGGUGAUAUAAUCGCCAAGGUCGAUGACUACGAUGCGAGGGACUUACGACAUGAAGACGCGCAGAACCUUUUCAAAAACGCCAAAAAUCAAAUAAAACUUGUUGUUCAAAGAAGCAGUUCAAGCCCACAGUACUACAGUCCAUCACCAAGUUACAUGGGCAGAGUCACGCCUUCCUUCUAUUACACUUUUGAGGACUCGGAGCGGGAAGGGCCAAGAAGCGCGCCUAUGCAUCGUUCUCCGAUACAAAACUCUGUCCCACCACCGUUUAGGACACCCAGCCCAAAGCCCGGUAACACAUGGCGCGGACCAGAGUCCCUUCCUCGCAGCACACCACUCCUACAGCCCCAGUAUUCGUUGCAGCAUGAGGGAGAGUACAGAACUGUCAUGUUAUCACCCGACUCCGCCAGGAAUGAGGAUGUUGUUGAUGAGUCUAUUACAAGCCAGCCAUACAGGACCACGCCCCUGGUAUUGCCAGGCGCGAAGGUCCGCCGUGAACCCGGACCCACAGAAAGCUAUUUGCGACACCAUCCCAACCCAGCCAUGAGGGCGCCACCACACCACGAUUACCGCGACACACUCAUGAGGCAGAAGGUGGCAGAAUCGGUGCUGCAGCGAGUUGUUGGUGAAGACGCGAAUAAGGUUGUUCACAAGCAAUUCAACUCUCCAAUCAACAUGUACUCAGAACAGAACAUAGCAAAUUCUAUCAGACAACAAACAUCUCCUUUGCCCUCUAACGGCUACGGCCGCCCUCACGUUGUCAAGAGCUCGAAGCCCUACGACCCGGCCAAGUCGGACACGUACCGAGCACUGCAGGAACAAGGUCUGGGGGACGCGCACGAAGUGCCCACACCGCAGACUAAGGUCUUCACGGCACCAGCAACUAAGAAACCAGUGCCGCCCAAAAUUUCGAAAGAGGCAUCACAGGGAAAACAAACGACCUUCGUGAACUCAUUACAUGAAGAGCACAUCAUACAAUCGAACGCGUUCAAACGUCUCAUGUACAACGUUCUCGGGGAAACGGAAUUCUAG